UUUGGUGAUUCUUGCUGCGACUGUGGUGCAAAAUUUUCCGCGUAUUACUGUGGAUUGUGCAAACAUUUAACUGGUAAAGAUGAUAAUCCCUAUCAUUGUGUGAAAUGUGGAAUCUGCAGGUAUGAUUUGGUUAACUUACAUCACAUGGCCUAGUUCUAUGCAGGCUAUAAUUUAGUUACACCACAAAAUAUAUCCGCUGGUUAAUACAUCUGCUUUCCGACUCUCAGAAACGAUAAAAUGAUCCAACAUUCUGUUGUCUCAUCAUAACUUCACUUCGUGAUCAGAGGCGUAGCCCGAAGAAACGUAACACCGUUGAAGCAUCGAAUUAGCGUUGAAACGCUGAUUUAAAUUUAGAUUGGUUGGACUAGCAUCCCAAAGAUCGCGGGUUCGAUUCCCACCGUGCAUGGUCAGGCAAACUUUUCAGUUUGCCAGGUGUGGAUGCACACACAUUUACCUGAGUACAUAACACCAACACACACAAAAAAUAUCAUACAUUGAUAUCGAAGGAACUAGACUCCGUUCCGAAAUAUCGCCAACUCGAACCAAAUUGACCUCCUAGCUCAGUUGGUAGAGCAUUGGACUAGUAUCCCAAAGGUCGCGGGUUCGAUUCCAACCGUGGCCAGGCAAACUUUUCAGCUUGCCCGGUGUGGAUGCACACUCAGAGUAACAUCACAAACAUCAUAUUCACCUGACUAGUACAUAACACCAGCACACACAAAAAUAGUAUACUAUCAAUUACCUUCAAAAAUGAUAAUAAGGUGUUUUUCUUUCAUCGACAAGCAUUUAGAAUUUGAAAUCAUUCUUGGAAAACCGAUUUGGUUUUAAGGUUACAAAACACCGUCCUACGCAGCUGGUUUGGGAAAUUUUGCAUUACGCACUCAUUUUUUAAGCAAUCGGCCGAUAAUUUGCAACAAAUGUUGGAAACUAAACACUUUACGUAUUAUUAUUGUCAAAUAAGACAUUAAUGGUGUUUUGAGAAAAAAGGCGAAAGAAUUGCUAUCGAAGGGAGCAAAGUCGCCGACGUUAACGAAAUUAAGUUUUAAAUAUUGAUGUAACUAUUGUUUGGUUUAUUUUAGCUAAUUGCUUUAAAAGCUGAUCGUUGCGUAAAUUUUUAAAUAAAAAUGAAAGCUAAGUUAUUUGCAUGCAAGAAUUUGAAAUCAUUUUAUUUCAAACUCAAAUUUUAUCGAUAAAGGCAGUUUAGUUUUUAAUAUAAAGAACAUUUUAAAACGUUUUGCGAAGCGUUUGUGGUUGAAUUUUACAUUAAAUUGAAGCUUAUAUUACGUAUGGUAACAUACCUAACAUAUAUAUGUUUGGGAAAUUGAUAAUUUUGUUAUUGAAAAUUAUAUUUUUAGGGGAUUUUUCAGUUGUAAAAAUAUUCUUAAUGAAAUUAUCGUGACAACUGCUUUAAAUACUUUAUGAUUCAUGUUCGGAAAGUAUAAUAAUAAUAAUAAUAAUAAUAAUAAUAAUAAUAACAAUAAUAAACUUUAUUUGAUGAGGGUAAAUAUACAUUUUUACCUAUGAAGGUAUUCUACCAAAUGGCCCUCUAAAAAUUAGAUAACCUACAGUAUUUACAAUAUAUACAAAGAAGCAAGAACAUGCAUAUAGUUGCAUUUGACACAGCACAUGGGACUAUACAACUUAUAGUACCAAAUAUGAAAAUAACUGUAUUACUAAGCAUGCAUAAUGUUGCUUUUUUUAGUUUUGACAAUAUAAGUAAUUAAAAAUUAAAAGAAAAUUCAGUGCGAAUAACAAAUGCACUUAACUAGGUUUUUGCAAGAAAGACACGAAAAUUGUUCAAGAUGGUCAUGCAACCUCAUGAUUAAGAUUAGAGAAAAACCUCUUAACUUUAUGCUUAUACGCAGACGGGGAGUAAUCGUUAAACACUUUCAGGUCAUUUGGUAAAGAAUUGAAAAGUAAAACACCACUGUAUGAGAGCUUGGUCUUGGAAAGAUUAGAUUUGACAGAUGGUAUUUUGAGAUCAGUAACAGAGGAGCGAGUAUGUACAUCGUGCGAUGCCCCAGAGAAACAAAACAACUCGCGCAGAUCACUAGGAGAUGAGUUGCGCAAGGUGCUUACAACGAGUAAAAUUUUUCGCAUCUUAAUUAAGUUGUAGAUGGGAAUCCAUUCCAGUUUGCGGAACAGAACAACAGAAGGAGUUGACAUACUCUCGUCCAAAGCCAAUCUGGCUGCUCUUUUUUGAAGUUUAAGCAAAGGGUCGAUAAGCUCAUGGCGUGCAUUGCCCCAAAUAGUGAUGCCAUAAAGUAAAUGGGGGUAGAUAAAAGCAUAGUAAAACUUAAUUCUAAAUUUCAGUGGAAGGGCUGGGCAAAUACGCUUAAACAGAUAAAGCCUGGAAUUAAGGUAUUUAUAUACCUUAUCCACUUGGUUGUCCCAGGAGAGAUUUUUAUCGAGUAAGAUACCUAAAAGUUUGCCAGAAGUAAUUUCUUCAAUCCAAAAAUCCUCAUAAAGUAUGCUAUCAUAAUCAAGCAGUGAAUACUUACGCUUUGAAUAAAUUUUCAUGAAUUUGGUUUUGCUAAAAUUUAAAGCCAUUUGGUUGUUUCUUGCCCAAUUAGAGGUAAUACACAAAUCAGUCGACAAAGAAGCUUUGAUAUCAGGUAGUUCACAGCCAUGGGCUAAAAGAGUCGAGUCAUCCGCAAAAAGAGAAGGAUGAGAGGUAGUAAGAAAAGUUGGAAGAUCAUUGAUAAAUAUUAAGAAUAGUAACGGGCCAAGAAUGGAACCUUGAGGGACCCCAGUAAUGAUUGUUAAAGGUUCUGAAAGGACUUCGUUAAUUUGUACCUGUUGAGUUCGUCCUUCAAGAUACGAGGCGAACCAUUUUAGGGUUAGAUCAGUAGCCCCGUACGCGUAGGUUUUUUGGAGCAAAAUAUUAUGAUCCACUAAAUCGAAGGCUUUAGAAAAGUCAAGCAUCAAAACACCGUUAAUUUCUCCAUUAUCAAUAUUGUUAACAAGGUAUUCGUAAAUCAUGUUUAAUGACGUUUCACACGAGUGGCCAGGUCUGAACCCAUGUUGGUAAUCGGAUAGAAUUUCAUGCUCAGUUAAAUAUAAAAAGAUAUGAAUUAAACACAUGUUUUUCAAGGAUUUUUGAGAGAAUAACCAGGAUAGAAAUUGGUCUAGAGUUGCCUCUUUCACUCAUUUCGCCAGAUUUGUGUUUGGGAUUAAUUUUGCUUUUUUCCACAAGGCUGGAAAAAUACCUGUGCUGAUGCUGUGGUAAGAGUAUUGGAAAUCAUGUUAGCAGGGAACUUUAGGAAGUGGGCGGGAAGACCAUCAAUUCCUGUCGCUUUAGAGGGUUUCAAUUGUUUCAGGGAAUCAGAAACCUCCUCAAUUGUAAUAGGGGGGAUACCAAAUUUAGUUUGCCUAACAGAUAACGAGAAGGCUGACUGACUGUAGUCAACUGCCUCACUCAUGUCAAAUUUGUCCUGAAUGUUGGUAAAAUAUUCAUUAAAGAGAUUACUGACAAUUGCAAGGUUGUCAUAUCUCACAUUAUCAAUAACUAAAGAUAGAGGGGGAGGGGCCUUAUUAAGAUUUAUAGUUGAUUUCAAAACUCGCCAAAUUUGUUUAGAAUUCGUAGAAUUGUCAUUAAGAAGUGUUUUUAUACAGGAGGUUUUUGGAUUCCUGAUCAAGUGUACAGACCUAUUGCGCCAAGUCUUAUAUUGAGACCAAUUAGUAUUGUGAGCAUCAUUCGCAUUCUUCCGGGCCAUUUUAAGAUAGUAAUCGCGAUUGUGUUGAGCUAUGCGGAUUUCUUCACAAAACCAUCCCGGACGUUUCUUAGAUUUGACUCGUUUUUUUUUUAUGAGAGGUGCAUGGGUAUUUAAUACCGAAUUAAAAUGUUCAUAAAAUAUUUCAAGUUGAUCGUCAGGAGAGUCAAAUAUUUCUAAUGUGGUAGAAGGCAGAGUAUCAAGGUCACUACAGAACCGAGUUACAUUUAAAUGCCUAGUUCUACGGUAAGUUAUAGUUUGGUGAUAUUUCUGGUUACUAAAUAUGUGUGGAUUAACUUUACGAGUUAUAUAUAUGGGGAAGUGGUCGUUAAGCCCAAUCUCGAUUAUGCCACUCUACAAUGGCUUUCCCUAAAUACAAUGGCUUUGUCAGCAAGGCGAGGGUUUCUGCAUGCAUGUAUUUUCUAUAGUAUUUAUUUUAAUUUAGAAUUCAUGGGGAUCGUUCGUUCCAUUGUGAUGUCUGUGGAGUUUGUUUGGAUGUCCAACUUCGUGGAAAUCACAAAUGUCGUGAAGGUUCUGCCCAUGAUGAAUGCUGCAUUUGCUUGGAGGUAGUGUAUCAAUUCGAGCUCUUGUAUCAAAUUUCUGGACAACUAAGUUGAAGCCAUUAUGCUAAUUGGCGUCAAAUGGUCUAAAGCUUAAUAAUCUCCACUUAAUGAUCCUGUAGCAUCUGUUGUGCCAAAUGUCAUUUAUUUAUAGUUGCAUUCGUGCUUACGAAACAAUGACAUACGCUACGAAUCACUACAAUAGGGUUUACGUGGAAACAGAAUUUAAUGGCUCUCAGCAUUAAUCCGGGUCAUAAAACGGAUUUUAAUUUCUUUUUCGUGCAGGAUGCUUUCACUGGAUGUCAAAUCCUUCCCUGUUCUCACAAAGUCCAUAAAGAAUGUGCAACUCAAAUGAUACGGAGCGGAAUGUGA